CUUGCCUCUGUCUCGAAAGGAUCGUCGACGCUGGAGAAGAUCAAAGAAUAUCGAGGAAAGUCAGGAAGGUCGCAAAGAUAAGACGUCUGUCGAAGGAGACUGAUCUUUCAACCUGCAAGAUCGUGAAAGAGUGUACAAUUUAUUUAUUCUAAAGACAGAACAUAAGUAUAGUUUAUACACUAACUAAAAGACGAAUACAGCGGCUAUGUCACUUCUGGACUUGGCCUUCGACGCUCCAAACAUCACACAGGAGUACACUGGAGGCGGAACUGGACUCCCUCCCCCGGAUGAGGCGUUGCUGCACCUCAACAUGUCGCGGGAAGCAGAGGCAAGAGAUAUUCCCUCCUUCUUUCACAACAGGAAUUCCCUUCUCUGGUCACUGCUUAUGAGUGCCACAAUGGUGACACUUGAGCCCGGGACUGUGAGUGAAAACGAUACUCUGCCUUUCAGCACUACGAGCGUCCCUGGAGAUCCGCCGGGGGAGACCGUGUCAGCUAGCGUCGGUCCGGUCGAUGACGGGGUGACACCCAACGCAGGUACGACGUUGAAUUCAUUUCCGUGGAAGACGACCGCUGAUCUGGAUCCCGGAGGUACGAUGGGCGAUGGAACAGCAACAGAAAAGUCCAAAGCGGAAGAUAUGUCUCUUAUAGUCACUAGUCAACUGCUCCAGGUGUCUGGGGACGACCGGGCAGCCGCUACCAGCCCUACCUUAGAUGUUCCUGAUCUUGACGCUACGACGGUGCCAGUAACCGAGAAUACGUUCCAGGGGAGCAGGCAGCCUGCGCCGUCAGAAGAAAGCAAGAAUUCGGAAGCCGACGUUGGGUCGCCACCUCGAAACCAAGCCACUUCCGAAGACGGUCUUCAGGAGAGUUUGAUAGAUGCUCCACCAAAUGAGGCUUCUAAUGGGAGCCAAGUGGAUAUCGAAAAUAAAAACUAUUUAGAUUUAUCAAAUGAUCUGCUGAUCACUCAGAUGCCUCUUUCUAAUUUAACCCAAUUAAUGGCUUCAUCUGUGAACGAAAACUUUGCAGCAACGUCCGCCCAAUCCGACGCAACAUCCGCACCUGAAACCAGCGUUGCAAAUACUACAACAGAAGUGGUCGAAACCGCCGAAGACAACUCUGUGCCGCUUCGCAUCGUCAACGAACCAUCAACGCCCAGUAAACACGGGCAUGACCCCUUGCUUAUCACCCAAGGUAGUUCGAUCCCGGAAAGCAGAACAUCACAGACCGCAGACACUGGAUCAGAAUAUCCCGAGACGCUGAGUCUAACUCCGGAUGACACGCUAAGCACUAAGCUCAAUGGUGCGCCUCAACCCAAUCGCGGAGAACCGGAAAAAGUCGUUUCGCAGCCUCAGGUCAUAGGGAGACCCGACGUCGACGAACCUCCCGUGUGGGGGACGUCAGCGGAGAGUCAGCAAGUGAGAACGGCCCUUCCUCACUCCUUGGACGUCGUCAUAGUAGAGGCUCACACACAUCAGACCGCUUCCAAACCCUCAGGACUCAGCAAAAACUCUGCCCUUUCGCAAGUCCACCAGACUUUUCAGAACUCCGUACCUGAGACACACGGCCUGGGAGUCCUGGAAGAACAGCAGGUGUUCCAGACCUUCAAACCCGUCUCUCAGAGCAUCAGUCUGAAGACCCAGCAGCCGGUUAGCCACACAGAAAUCUCCAGCGGCUUGGAGGAAGGCUCUCUCCCGGAAACAGAAGUGGAUGACGGUGACAUUUUCCAGAAUAUUAGCGACAUUCUGCUCUCAGAGACAAAUUCCAACUACAGCAACGCCACGACCCUGGAAGAAGAAUCGGCUGGACUGGGCGGAAUCAACUGGACGGCCUCGAGGAUCACCCUUUUCAUCAUCCAGUUCGUCAUCAUGGUUGAGACCGUGCUUGGAAAUCUGAUGGUGAUUCUCUCCGUCAAAAUGGAGAAGAAACUCCAGACUCCCUUCAAUUAUUACAUCGUCAACCUGGCUUUCACGGACAUGAAUGUCGGUUUGUCUGUCAUGUCACUCUUCAUGAUCUACAACCUUUACGAUUACUUUCCCUUCGGUUCAUUCCUCUGCAACUACUGGAUUUGGAGUGAUUACGUCAUGACCUUCGAGUCAGUCAUGACCUUGGCUGCAAUCAGUGUGGACCGCCUGUGGAGCGUUACCUGGUCUCUGCAUUACCGAAACAACAACAGCGGCAAGAAAUCCAUGCUGAUCAUUAUCGCAACAUGGUUAUACGUGUCUGUUCUCUGGUUCCCUGCCUUCAUUUACGACCGCGUACUUCACCAUUAUGACGACGGGGUCUGUCUUUGGGACACUGUGCUCAACAAAAAUCUGGUCGUGUAUGUAGGUACGCUGGGUUCUACUUACCUCUGCUCAUUAUGGUGGGCGCCUACAUGAAGAUCCUACACGUCGUGAAAAAGAGGGCGGCCUCCAUCAGGGACGCUGGAAAGAAGGAGGUUCCUACG